CUGUCUUCUUUCAGAGCCAUAGCUCCGAGAUCGUUCGUCUCCGUUCUCGAUCCCUCGACCCCUGAUCCGAGCUGGAUAACAUAUUUUGUCAAUCUGCAAUUUCGGUUUUGGAUACUUUUUUGGUGUCGAUUUGCAAAGGGUUUUAGUGUGGAUGCUAUAGGAUUGUCUACGCAAUCUCCCUCUCUAUAUAGGUUUCCCGCAUAAAUUUGUGUUUCAAGACAAGUUUUGAUGCUGAAAGAUGAGUUCCUUCUCGAUCACUCGAAAGAAAACGCCCUUCCAGAAACACAGAGAAGAAGAAGAAGCCAAGAAGAAGAAAGCUGAGGAUGAAACAGCUCGUCUGUAUCAGGAAUUCGUGGAAUCGUUUCAAGGGGAUAGUGCAGCUAAGACUUUCGUUCGAGGUGGGACAAUCAAUCCCAAUGAUAAGCCCAAGCCUGAUUCUCAAGGUGAAAAGUCCAGAGAUGGGGGUACCAUUUCAAAGAAGGGGAGUAGGUAUGUUCCCUCCUUUCUCCCCCCACCAUUGGCAUCUAAGAAUAAAGAACCAGAGAAUAAGAGGGAAGAAGAGAGAUCAAAGGAGAGAGAAAAGGGAAAGACUCGAAACAUAGAUCACUUUAUGGAGGAGCUAAAGCGUGAACAGGAAAUGAGAGAAAGGCGAAACCAGGAUCGUGCUAAUCCCCAUGACCAUCAUAGCGAUAACACGUCAUCUAGCCGCUUUGAUGAGCUACUUGAUGAUUUUGAUCCCAGUGGAAGGCUAGGGUCAUUUGACGAUGGUGACCCACAAACUACGAAUCUAUAUGUUGGGAAUCUUUCACCUAAGGUUGAUGAAAAUUUUCUCCUGCGGACGUUUGGAAGGUUUGGGCCCAUAGCUAGUGUUAAAAUUAUGUGGCCAAGAACAGAGGAGGAGAAAAGGCGACAAAGACAUUGUGGCUUUGUUGCUUUCAUGAAUAGAGCCGAUGGACAAGCUGCCAAAGAUGAAAUGCAAGGGAUUAUUGUGUACGAUAAUGAGCUGAAAAUUGGAUGGGGUAAAGCGGUUGCUCUGCCAUCACAAGCAUUACCAGCUCCACCUCCGGGGCAUAUGGCAAUCCGGAGUAAGGAGGGCUGCAACUUAAUCUUUUCAGGUACAUCGGGUCCACCAAUAACUUCUGUUCCAAAUCAAAAUUCUGAGCUGGUUCUUACCCCAAAUGUUCCGGAUAUCACUGUCGUUUGUCCUGAGGAUGAGCACCUCAAACAUGUUAUUGAUACAAUGGCCCUUAAUGUGCUGGACGGCGGAUGCGCUUUUGAACAAGCUAUUAUGGAGAGGGGGCGCGGGAAUCCACUAUUUAACUUCUUGUUUGAGCUGGGCUCGAAGGAGCAUACCUACUAUGUCUGGAGGCUCUAUUCCUUUGCUCAGGGUGAUACCCUCCAAAGGUGGAGAACAGAGCCGUAUAUCAUGAUAACUGGAAGUGGAAGAUGGAUUCCUCCACAGCUGCCUGCAACUAGGAGCCCAGAGCAUGGAAAAGAGUCAACAGGCACAUAUGCUGCUGGGAGAAGCAGGCGCGUGGAAGCUGACCAAACUCUAACCGAUCCUCAAAGGGAUGAAUUUGAGGACAUGUUGCGAGCUCUAACGUUAGAAAGGAGUCAAAUCAAAGAAGCUAUGGGUUUUGCUUUGGAUAACGCAGAUGCAGCUGGAGAGGUCAUUGAAGUUCUGACAGAAUCGUUGACCCUGAAAGAGACACCGAUUCCAACGAAAGUUGCAAGACUCAUGCUUGUGUCUGAUAUUCUUCAUAAUAGCAGCGCUCCUGUUAAAAAUGCCUCUGCAUAUAGGACGAAAUUCGAAGCAACAUUACCCGAUAUAAUGGAAAGCUUCAAUGAUCUGUACUGCAGUGUAACUGGAAGAAUUACAGCUGAGGCUCUGAAAGAACGAGUUCUUAAGGUACUGCAGGUAUGGGCAGAUUGGUUUCUCUAUUCAGAUGCAUAUAUAAAUGGACUACGUGCCACGUUUCUUCGAUCAGGAAACUCAGGUGUUACCACGUUUCACUCUAUCUGUGGUGAUACGCCUGAUAUAGAGAAGAAAUGUCACAUGGGUAAUAUGAACAAUGCUGAUAAGAUCAAUCAAGACGCUGCACUUGCAAUUGGCAAAGGAGCUGCAAGGCAAGAGCUGAUGAAUCUACCAGUUUCUGAGCUUGAGAGACGCUGCAGACACAAUGGUCUGUCACUUGUAGGGGGUAGAGAGAUGAUGGUUGCUCGGCUGCUAAGCCUGGAAGAUGCAGAGAAACAACGUUUCUACGAAGUAGAAGAUGAAAAUGCAAAGUAUCCACAGGGACAUUCAACUUGGGAAGAAGUUCAUACUGAGCCUGAGCGGAUGAGGGCAAGCUAUGAUAAAGUUGAAACUGUAGAGCCUGUGAAUCUGCCCUUGACAAUACCAAUCCCACUGCCGGAACUGAAAGCAUUUGUGAAAAACGAGAAAAAUAACCUCAUAUUGCCAGCUUCCAGAUGGGCGAGAGAGGAUGAUGAAACUGAUGAUGAACAUAAGAUGAGCUACUCCUCACGAAGCGACAAUGCUGGUGGCAUAACUUUCAAUAUCGAUGAAGAGGAUCUCAAGGCUGAUCCAAGUGUUCGUGUCCAGCCUGAAAAUGAAAUCGACGAGGUGCAAAGACAAAAGCUUAGACGCAUAGAGGUUUCUUUGAUUGAGUAUCGAGAAUCUCUCGAGGAACAGGGGAUGAGAAACUCUGAGGAGAUUGAAAGAAAAGUCACAAUCCAGCGAAAGAAACUUGAAGCUGAUAGCUUAUCAGAAAAUCAGAGAGUAUUACCAGAGAAAAAGGAGAGGCGUGAAGAUGUUAGAGAAUCAUCUAGAAAGAGAUACCGAAGUGAGAGCCAGAAUCGAAGUCAAAGUCCACCACAGAAAUCAUCAACCAGAGAAAGAGUAAGAGAUCAUGACUUGGACAGAGAAAGACACAGAGAUAGAGGUAGGCAACAACAUGAUUUGGACAAGGAUCGAGAACGAAGAGAAAAAAGCUCAAAUCAUGAGAGAGACGAUCAUGAUAGAAGCAGAGAGCGAGACAGAGAUUGGCGCAGACGAGGCUUGAGAUGAGAUGAAAUGAUUGUUUGUUUGGUCUGCAGGACACGUGGAAUGUUGUUUCUAUAAAGUUGUUUUUUAACCUCUUUUGUUUCUUUCUUGAUUCUGAAAAAUAUCUAAGAACA